UCCACCCCUUCUUUAUUCCUCACGUCCUAUCACUCUCAAUUCUCAAACUUGUUACAGAUAAAAACCCUUUCUUGAAACCUUUCUCCAAAAUUUCUCACAACCCACUUCUACUCUACUCAUUCCACACCCAACUUACAAAAACCCAUUCUUUUGCUCACUCAUUUUCUUAACGUAGAUUAAUCAUUAUGUGUGGCGGUGCCAUCAUCGCUGACUUCAUACCCCGCCGUGGAGGCCGCCGCCUCACGGCCUCCGAGCUCUGGCCAAACUCCUUCGCCAAAGACGAUGACUUUGACUUGGAUUACUCCCACAUCGCUACCCAACAACCCUCCACUCUCAAAAGGUCCCAACCUCCCAAAGUUAGCGAGCAGGUUGAGAAUAAGCCGGUGAAGAGGCAGAGGAAGAAUCUCUACAGAGGGAUUCGGCAGCGUCCGUGGGGCAAAUGGGCCGCGGAGAUUCGCGAUCCUAGAAAAGGGGUUCGUGUCUGGUUGGGCACCUUUAACACCGCAGAAGAAGCCGCGAGAGCCUACGAUCGUGAAGCUCGAAAAAUCCGAGGCAAAAAGGCUAAGGUGAAUUUCCCCAACGAGGACGACGAAUAUUCCAUUCAAGCUCGUAAUCCAAUUCCACCCCUUCCUUUCGCUCCACAACACCCUCCCCUGUACCAGCAACAGUACCGUUGCGAUCUCAACAAUGCCCCUAAAAAUCUCAACUUUGAGUUCGGUUACGACCUGAACCACGCGGAGGCGUUCCCAUCCCGCGUGGACGCCGUCAACGCUGACUCGGUGGUUGUCUCCGUUGAUGAAAAUUCGGGGUCAGCGUCGGGUUCAGAGGGUGCUUAUUCGACAACGGAGUUCAUGGGGUCCGUUCAGAACGGGAACGGUUAUUUGGGUGGCACGGUAAUGGAGAAGAAGGAGAAAGAGACAGAGGUUAUUGAAGCUGAAGAAGAAAAGAACAAAGUGCUGGAGCUUUCUGAGGAGCUGAUGGCGUACGAAAAUUACAUGAAGUUUUAUCAGAUUCCGUACUAUGAUGGACAAUCCACGACGAAUAAUGUUCAGGAAAGCUUGGUUGGGGAUCUCUGGAGUUUCGAUUAGCGAGGAAUAUAUCAAGGAUGUUCUUUUCAUGCAUGUGUUUUGUUUCUUCGUCAAUGCUGUGAAAGCUUUUGCUUUCUCCCUCCAUUCUGCUGACUAAACUAACAUCUCUGGCGUUUUGGCAGGGAUGCACAGGAAUUUAAAUUGAGUGCUUCGGUAGAAAUGGUCUCAUUAGUUAGUGCUAUGCUAUCAUCUGGUUUUGUUGAAUUGUAAUUUUUUGUUUUGGUGGUAUGUUGAACAGUAAUUUUACUGGAUAUAUUCAAGUCUAUUUGAAUUCCAAUUCCAAUUAUUCUUUCGGUGAA